UGGUAUUACUCGACUGUAGUCAAAUAUUAGUAGCUUCAUAACAACUAUAGUCAUCUUAUAUUAUUCCUACAUGGUUUCAAUUUUUAAUAUUUAAUAAUUUUGAUGUAUUAUAAUAAAUUUAUUUUUAUUUAAUAUAACAAAUGAUAAUUUAUACUGAUUUAGUUACUUAAAAUCGAUUCCAUUGACAAAAUUAAGGGACCUUAUCACGAUCUAGCACCUCUAAUUUUAGAGAAUAGAUUCAAAAAUAAACUAAGAAAUGGCCAAUGUAACUCACAAAAGUUAUAGCAAUUUAAUAAGUAAUGCCCAAGAAAAAUUUUUAACACUUUUGAAUCAAGAAAUAAAAUUUGAUGAAGAAGCUGACUCAUGGAUAUUGAUGAAAACGCCAUGGCCUAUUUUAUCUUUACUAGUGAUUUAUUUAUUGUUUGUGCUGAAAAUUGGACCUCAAAUGAUGAAAAAACGAGAAGCUCACAAUUUAAAAUACGCUAUGAUGGCAUACAAUCUUUUUCAGACUCUAUACAACGGAUAUAUGAUAUCCGCUUUAUUUAUUCCUGGUGCAUUUCAAGCCGCUGUUGACAAUGUCUGUCAUCCAGUUGAAACCGAUGAAAAUCGACACAUAGUUAAAUUAUUUUAUAUUUAUUCAUGGCAUUUUGUGGUAUCCAAAAUAUCAGAUCUCAUUGAUACGGUAUUUUUCGUGUUAAGGAAAAAACAAUCACACGUGUCAUUUCUGCAUGUAUACCAUCAUGUAAACAUGGUUAUCACUACCUGGACGUAUUUUAGAUUUUUUAAAGGAUAUCAAGCUGUGUUUUGUGGUUUAUUAAACGCAUUUGUCCACAUGGUAAUGUACAGCUACUAUUUCUUAUCAUCUCUUGGACCUCAAAUGCAAAAGUACUUAUGGUGGAAAAUAUAUAUAACUCGUUUACAAAUAGCUCAAUUCCUAAUCGGCUUAACCUACGGCUUACAUUUAUAUUUAUUUGAUUGCAAUUUUCCUCGAAUAUUUGCUAUUUAUAUGACAGCAGAUGUGUUAUUAUUCUUGUAUUUAUUUUUGAUAUUUUACAAUAAAACGUACUGUAAAAAUGUUAAGGCUGAUUAAAAAUUAUGCUCAAAUAUAGAUUAAAAUUAAAUAGAGUAAUGAUGUACUACACGAUUUGUGUAUUUAAUAAUUUGAUGAAUAAAUAUCACGUUCAAAUAUUAUCAUACUGCUAUAUUAUUUAAAAAAUUAAAAUUCGAAUAAAAGAACUUUUAAAUUU